AUGCGUUUGGGACCAUUUUGCCUGCACAAGCCCUCCCUGAAGUUAUAUCUUGCCUGUGCCCUUACAUUCGUCAUCACUUUGUACUUGUUUUGGAGUGGUUGUGAAGUCGCAACUUCCUUGCCUCCUACGAAACUACAAGAGAUAAGAGGUGUGCCGCAAACCGUUGUAGAUUGCCCCAAAGUAAUUACAAAAGUGACCUACACAAACAAAGCAGAAGGCGAACAGAGCGAAGAAGCGGAAUUCACUCGCUCUAAGGCCUCAACGAACCAAAACAUUUGCCCCGAUGUCGAGCGCAUCGACGCGAUAGUGAAUGGCGAAAAGAAAUUUCAAGCUUCGCUUCAUGGAGGGGAAGCUUACGUUCCGUUUUCAUUCGUCAAGGAAUAUUUUGAUAUCUAUGGCGAACUACAGGAAAUUGAAGGGAAAACUGUUUUAGACUGGCGACAUUCUUACUCCGAAGUGCGUACAGCAAAAGCGGGAAGCGCUUAUGAAACGCGAGGACCUUUCCUCUGGUUUGAAACGUAUCACGUUGAAGGCCGCUCUCGAGUCAAAUGUGUUAGCGGCAUUGAGGAAGUCCCUGUUUCAACGCAAUGGAACCCGAAAGGACAUUAUUAUCCUAUACAGAUAGCACAAUACGGCCUUUCACACUACAACAUGUUGCUUAUGGAAGGCGAUUCGAAGGAGAAGCGGAAGGUGUUUGAAGAUGCUGAAAGCGUUUCCGACGUAACUUGGAACUGGGCAACCUCACAAAAUGCGAAGAUGGUCAAUGUGUUCGAUAAACAACGCAAUACUCGAGUUUUACAGUUUUCUACAUCAGGUGAGCUUUCUUAGUUGCUUAGAUUUCUGAGAUUUUCAUAUUGCUUAUAAUGUUUUAAAUUUACGCCUUCGUUUAGUGUCAAUUUAGAUCAAAACACUGCGUGAUCUUAAUUGAAUACUAUAUAAACCUACUAAAUGCAAAUUAGAAACACUACAAUUUCAAUUUUCCUCCCUCCUUCAUUUUCGGCACAAUCUGAGAUCAUUGUUUCUAAAAAAAGAAACUUGAAACAUUUCCAGUUGAUUCGUAAUCUGUUUGUUUUGUUAAUUUUGUUGCGAGUGUGUUUUCAAUCAGGCUUUUCCAAUUUUUUUCUAGAGGACAAAGAAAUGUAAACAUGCUCAAAACCAUGAAAUCAUUGUAUUUCAUUAAAGCAUUUCUAUUUCUGGUAUCAGCGACUAGGGAACAAUUUAGAUUUACCUUACGAGGAAUUUAAACAUUUUUUUUAUCCGGGAGGACUGAAAACCGGUGUUAAUUUAUACGAUGAACGUAAUUUUCUAGGUAAACAAAUUCCAAAAUUCUUGUACAUUCGAUAAGGUUUAUCGGCUGCAUCUGCCGUCGAUUUCCUUGCGAUAAACCGUGUGUAAACGAGGGAAGACGCAAAAUAAAGUCUAAACCACCGUUGGCAAAUGUCCUAUUUAAAAAGCUUUUAUGCUAGUUUAGAUUUCCGUAUUUAUUUGCUAAGAAGCUUUUCAGUUUUUUUAAGGGUUUUGAGCUUGCCUUGCUGACCACUAAGUAAGAUCAAAACACUUUACGCUUUAUUGAAAACCGAUUUAAUCCGUAUGGGGUGUCAGCUAAACUAAAUAUUUAAUACCUUCCUUAAGCCUUUCGCUUGGCUUAAAUCGUGCCUAAUUUCAAGUUUACUAAUAUGGUGUCUGUGUUCUGUCUUACAAGUCGGAAACUUGCUACUUUUGAGAAACAGAGACUCUGAAUUAAUUAAAAGGUAAUAGUCAGCGCCUAUCGCAUUUUCCAGACUUAAGAUUUGUACUUGAUAAGUUACUCUAAAUUGACCAUCCUUAUCUCGGUUUUAAUUAACAUCUAUGGUCAGUGAUCUCCUCUAGGAUGUCAUUGAAUAUUAUCAUAUUAUCAUGUUUCAGACUUUUUUUUAUGUUUUGGAGAUUUUAUUUGUGGAGUCUCACUUUCUUUUCUGGAAAAAGACAUUUCUGUUGUUUUAGUUCUUUCCAGACUUGCCACAUUAAAUAACAUGAAUAAUUCGCUGAUAAAUUGUGUUCCAUUAUCUCUGGUAAUCCAUUCUUGGCAAAAUAACCUUGUAGUCUAGCAAAAGUAAAAUUCACACUUACGAUCUGAAUUUCUUUUAUUUUAAAAGGAAUUUUUAAAUUAUUUUCACGAUCACUAUUUCAGUGCUUCGAAGUAUCCACUGACCACCCAAAACAUUCAAGAAAAACACAUCUUUCCUCACUAAAUUGUUGCUUUCAGUCAAGUUGAGGGAAUCUUUCUUUUAAAAAUGAUUAGAGAUAACUUAAUGAUUGUUGAAACUAGAGAAAAACUUGUGACCUUUUGAAUAAUGAAUCAAGGAUACUGUACCCUUUCCUCUAAGUAGAUUAGCAAGUCAAGGUUAAAUGUUCAUUAAGAAUACUUAUGGUAGAUACUGGUAUUUCAGAAACCAGGUAGUUAUAGCAGCACAAAAAAAGCUGUAGUUUUCAAAGACAGAUUGAAGCACUUAUAAUAUGUUCCCCACUCGAAAGGUUUUUUAAAGCCAAUAUUUGCUUGCUAUGGCUAUAUACAAAAUGAACUUACUAAUUAGCUUUUUUAAGCACAACGCCCCUUAACUAUAUUGUGUCCCAAGAAUUUUACUAUAUUUUUUUAUUUUCAAGUAAAGCCGUAGUAUAAAGCAUUGAGGAUGCAUUAAGAGAAGCAUUAAGACAUUAGGUCCGUUGUAUUCAUGGAAAAUACCUACUUAAUUUUUCAGUUGUGUUUACUCGUAAUUGCUGGUACUGUGCUACACUGUUUUUCACUCUGCAUAUAAAGUUUUAGUCAUCAGUGUGGAAGAAAAGUGACAUACUGUAGGUUAGGAACUCCUCACUAAAGUUUAGUAACUUGAAAUAAACACAGCCAGGCCAGACACAUAAUGUCAUUGGCAACUUAACAGUGUCCUGUAGGAGGUAAAUUGCUUUUUAAAGCUGAUGAAGUCAUAUUACAUACAGUCGUAAAUGCAGAAUUAUAAUCAUCAUGAUAGUCAAAGGUGUGAAUGACAAAUAUUCUAUGUUGAAAGUGCACCAGAUAAUAAUGAGUGGUGUCCUGUGUUACUUGCCAAGAUAUCAAAAUGUCCAAUAUUAUUCCUCUUUCUCUUUUGGAACUUGGUUGUGGUGUUAAUCAUGCAAUUCCAGGAGCAUUCAGCUCUAUUUGUUGAAUUGAUUAAGUUGGAAUAAUGGCGACUGUGUAAAAAAAUUAACAUCAUUAAAUAAGGAACAUUUUCGCUGCCAAUUCCUGUCCUGUAUCGUUAACUCCAAAUUCUAAGUAAAAUGAUGCAGUAGGAGAAUUUCUAAUUUCAAUGAUUUGGUUGUGCCUGAAAAAAAAUCUGGUUCGGUACUUGUCUUACUUGACACUGCUUUGUGUCAUCUGUUUUGUGAAGCUUGUGUUGAAUGACAGAUCACUUGAUUGAGUACUAGGCUUUCCAGUUAUUUUUUAUGCCAUGUAAUUUUGAAAUGAUCAAGCAGUAAUUUAAAAAAAGAAUUAAUGUGUGUGUGAAUGAAAUUGCUAUCACACUUAUUGAACUUAAAAAUCAUUUCACUUUUUGUUAAUUUUUUCUACUGUACAAAAUAUCAAACUGUAUUCAACUUCACAAACAUACUGGUGGACGGAGUCAAGUUGCAUAUACAUGGAUUGCUUGAAAGUUAAUUUAUAGUUUUCUUUAUAAAUAUUUUUCUUCUUGAAUCAGUUAACGGUAGUAUAAAAGUGUUUUAAGGUAUUUUUUGUCAAACAUGAGACAAGGUGUGAACAAGGCCACACAUGAGGUCAUUUAAUUUCCUGCUGAGAUUUGUAUCAAAGUGUGGUGAUAAAAUCCAAGGUUAAAAAUAAAAAUGUUUCCAUUGUUUUUUUUUUUAAAAAAAUGUUCUACCCUGUGAAAUACUCAAUGAUAAUUCCUUAUAAUCAGGUGAUAUUUUAUCACUAAGGUCAAACUGUAAAUGGAAGCAAUUAUCCUGUUAUCUUUUGUCUUGCAUGGGGUAAAACGUCUUUGAAAGUGAAAUGUUAAAGGAGAGGGGCUUGAUUUUACAUUUGAUUUUAAAUGGAGAAAAACGUUCUCAAUUUGCUUGCUGUAGGGUUAUGUUAAAGUGACAAUACUAGGAUGUUCUCCUAUUAAUGCCUUAACCAAGGCAGCUAAACCAAAAGUUUAAGUGGGUCAAAAGAUGCCGCACCUACAUACAAUCUUGGAUAAAAUAUAAUGGAAAAGCAAUACCCCGCUGCCACCCUUAAGUCAAAAUAACACCUUUCAUUUGGGGAAAUGGGUGGCAUCAAUUUUUCAGUUUUAAAUCAAGAUUGUCGCCUACCAGUCUCUGGCAGGCUUUUACCUUCUCCCACACCGCGAUAUUUCUGUGCUUAUUCCUAGUCGUAAACUGGCCUGUAAAUGUACACUUUCGCUCCCUAUUAGCCGUGGCUUGCUGUUAUCGGCCAUUCUCUCUCUCUUUUACUGUACACUGUGUUAGUGCUUUCGUAAAAAUUAACCAAGACAGCAACAACAUCAGCAUAAAUUAUUCAGUUAAAUCAUGCUAUUGGUUUUCUGUGAACAAUUUAAAUAAUCAGUAGAAGAACUAAAAAUACAUUUAUAGUUCCCAAAUCCUGGACAUCAAAUAUGUGUAAGUGUUGUAGGUAGGCAGUGCUUCUAAACCUCUGAAAAACAUUCCUUUGUGGUUUUUCUUGAGAACCCGCAAACUUUUUGGCCACGUGGUCACCAGAUGACUGAGAUAUUAGGUGUGGCCGGCAACUAGGGGAAGUAGUUAUCUGAUCUGUUUCGCGGUCUGUAUGAGGAGGAUUUGCGUCUAAGCAUGCUGAUAAGUCACUGCUAAAAGCACUGAUAAGUGGUUUUGAUAAUGCGCAAAAUUAUGGUUGAUGCUAGAAGGAAGAUAACAAGUGAAUUCUUCAAGGGAGGUUAAAACCUCAACCCUUCUUUGUGACACUGACACGGGUAGGUUUAAUUCCGAAAAUAAGCCCCGGGGCUUAUAUUUUUUAAAGGCCCUUUUGAGGGGCUUAUUUUUGGAGGGGCGUAUAUACGGAGGGAUAUUUGCGUUUCAAAAUCGACUAGGCUUAUACUGGGAGGGAAAUAUGCGUCUUAAAAUCUAUUGGGCUAGCUUAUAGUUAGAAUGAAAUUUAUGUCAGUAAUUUGCAGCAAGUUUUUACUGAAACUCGCCUUGAGGACGUAGAUCUUUCUGAACCUCAGCCAUGCAAGUACUUUAUCUAUAUGGACCGAGAAAAUCCCACCCAAACACUGAACUACGCAAACAGCAAUAUACUGUGACACUUUUUGACUGCAGUCAUUUGGCACACGUAUCAAUUCUUUGGCAAUGCAAAAAUUUAUGUUUUACUGUACAGUUUUUGCUUUGUGUUAUUUUGAAUUUGAGGGCAAUUUCCAAGUACAAGCCCCCGGGGACUUGUAUUUGGAGGGGCGAUUUAUCAGGGGGUUUUUUACGUUUCGAGUUUGGGGGGCCCUAUACAGGGAGGGGCUUAUUUACGGAAUUGUACGGUAUUUGCGUUACAGUUGGAAAUAACACAAACACAGACACAUUAGUGAUUUUAACAAACUUCAGGAUUCGAAUUGCCUUUUGGUUUAACAAAGCGAUGCUAAAACUGGUAACUUCUCCUUCUCAUUCAGUCAUUGUUUAUAUGACAUGUUAAUCUGGUCUAGUUCGGUUAUUCAACCAUCAGUUUACGGCCGGCGAGUGGUCUGAUUAUAAAUAUUUAUGGCACCUAACAUGAAUAUCUGGGUUUUUCCAACGCCAAUGUUUCGAAUAAACCUAAUUCAGAAAUGGUUGCUUUGGCAACUGGUCAUUGGUAAUCGGGCAUUGGGCAUUUGGGCACACGAAACAUUGUUGCUGUCUAAGUUAACUUGUGUGUAUAUUGAAUCAGCUAUGUAACGUCGCGGGCAUGUAUAUCGCAAGCUACAGUAUCGGGCUGCAUUACUUUAAAGCGUCUCUGAAAACACGUUUCUGUGUUUAAAGUCGGUUUGCAAAGUGUACAGUUUCAUAUGCGAGAUUUUCCUGCCAUGAGACUUCCUUUAGCAAGGCUGCUUAAAAGUUGGAUUUAAGUUCAACCUCUUUGUGGAAUGUCGUAGAAAUGGCUCUAGCACUAAGCUAAGGGAGUUUUGUGGGGCUGAACUAGGUUCAUGUGGCGAACAUCCUAAAUGCCGCUGAACACCCGGAUAAAAUGGAAUAGGAGACCCACACCCCACCCCUUGUCCAGGAUCAUAGGUGAGACGGUAACUUCAUAAUGAUCCCCCGGGCAUUUAUACUUAUGAUAGCGUGUAACGUUGCAAUAUACAUUUAUAUAUAUAGAUGAAAUCUCUUAAUGUGACUAAUUUUGUGGUCAUAUUUCGAAGUUUUCCCGCGAGAGGAAAAGCUAAAAAUACAUCAUUUUCUUGCAUUUGUUUGGUUUUAGAAAGUCUGUUUUAUGUCCAAAUUCGACGUAUGUCGCCUCGAAGGCGCCAGAUCAAUUAACAAGUACUUCACUGUGGCCCAUUUAGCACUUUAUCUUGUUAACACAGGUGUAGGUGGAAAUCGCUUCAGAUUUAAAGUGUGCCGCAAAAAGCGUAAAUUAAACGGCUUCCGUCGAUAUAUAUCUGGAGUACUUUGCGCAAAAACGUGUUACCCUUCUCGAAAAAUGUCUUGGUAUUUUAGGAAUCUUUGGUGUGCAUCGGCGGUGUUUAUUUCCGCUGUUACUUUCGUCGACCGGCAUUGUGAAUUAUAUGUACGUGUAAAUUCAAUUUGGGAAAAUCAAAUUCCAGACAUGUGAAAAGGUCACAUAUCGCUUCCGUGUAAGUGUGGGUUAAAAAGAGACGUGAAAUUGACCUGAUUAUUGUUUAUUUAAACGGAUGUAUAGAUUGCGUUUCACACUUCUGGAGAGCGAAUCCUUGACCAACAAAAAUGCGGAGUAAAAUUAACCAAACGCCCGGGGGAGGAGGGUUCUCCCUUAUAAGGGCUUAAUGGGGACGUGCGGCCAGCUAGGGUAUGUUUUUCGGGAUUUUUGUCUUAAACAGGGCAUCGAUGUUAUCAUUUGUCGUCUUAAUCAGGGUAUCGAUUUUAUCCGGCGAUUUUUGUCUUAUACAGGGUAUCUUUUUAAAUAGUUUUGUGAUUGCCAAUGGAUUAAAUAAGAAAGAGUUUCGAUAUUUAUUAUUGUCUUACACAGGGUAUGGUUUCGGGUUAAAUGUCUUAAACAGGAUAUCAAAAAUCGUAAUCCUGUCUUAAACGGGGUAGGAAAAUCAGCGAUUUUUGUCUUAAACAGGGUUAGGGUAUGAUGGGCCGGGCCGCACCUCCCCACCCAAGGAUAUAUCGAGUACCCCCCCCCCCAUCCGCCUUCGGGACCAAACAUCUUCAAAGCGAAAGAGCCAACGUUAAAUUUUUUAUAAUUCGGUCAAGUUAACCACCAUGGUAGGAGCCUAAAUUUGGCUACUAGCAUGUUUCGUGAUUUUGGUGGAAAGUUUUCCUCAGAACCCCCUUUACACAAAAACUUCCUUGUAUCAGUGGGUGAAGUUAAUUAGACAUCAUAGUCUUCGUGGGAAUGUUGGGAAAAGUACUCUAUGUUCGACUAGUAUAGCCGAGUUCUUCCGUCAAAAAUAUAACAAGUGGUUCAAAGGUCGUUUUUCUGUCUUGCCUAGUCAGACCCGAGUCUUUGGCAAACUCGAGUCUGCAGGAGGACGCCUAGUACAGUGAGAACCCGAGGUUUCGGUUUGCAAAAUUGGUACCGGACCGUCUCUUGUACGCAUCGUCACUUCUGAUCUGAGAAAUAACUGCUUGGGUGUCCUGUGGAAUUACGAGUCUUGGUUUGUUUGUCAUUUGUUCACAAACCUACAGAGAUACUCUAAUGACUAAUCUGUUUGUGUUUUGCCGGCAACCCUAUCUUCUUCAAUAUUGUCUACUCUAGUGACCAGGGCUCUUAAUCAUGCAUGUAUUAAUACAGAGCUUUAGAUUUGAGGACGAGGACGAGUUAGAGAUUUAACUUAAAGUUUUUUAGCGUAUUCUCGAAAAAUAUUCAACCCGGAAAGCUUCAUUGUACUAUUUUUCACCUGAAAAAUUAGUGCGGUUAUUUUCCCCGGGCGAAAAAUGAUUAAACUUCAAGAAUUUGAUAACUUGCUCCCGCCGUCACGACAUUCUCGCCAAAACUCGUUGUAGAAUGACGACGGCUACCACGUUUUCCCGCCAAAAUGACGUUGGUUCGUGCGCGCACUACCUAUUGAGAAAAUUUCAUACUCGUAAUCGUACUCCUCUCAGAAUCUAAAGCUCUCUGAUUAGAGAGCUUUAGAUUCUGAGACGAGUACGACUACGAGUAUGAGAUUUUCUCAAUAGUAAGUAGUGCUGGCGCGUGAACCAGCUUCAUUUUGGCGAGAAAACGCGGUAGCCGUAGUCAUUUUACUGCGCUUUUCACAAACAUGCGAAUUCUGAAGUUCAAAAGACAACUGACGAUUGCGUUUUUCGCUGCCGUCAAUCAUCUUAACGGACCUCUUAGGAAACAAAACUUUACUUUAACGGGUUCCAAAGGUCAAGGUUUGCGAUUUGUGAUUGGUGGAUUUCGAUCCGUUUUGUGUGUUUCUGUGUUUCAAGGUUCGUUGCUUGUGAUCGUAAUUAUGAUUGACAGCAGCGAAAAACGCAAUUGUGAAGGCGCCUUUUGAACUUUAGAGUUCGCAUGUUUGUGAAAAGCGCAGUAAUACGAGUUUUAGCGCGAAUGUCGUGGUGGCGAAAACAAGAUAUCAAUGUUAGAAGUUGUAUUAUUUUGCCAUCGGGAGAACGCGUAACCUCCUUCACUAAAGAUAAGAGUGCUAAUUUUUCUAGUGAAAAAUGGUAAAAUGAAGCUUUCCGGGAAGUCUACAUUUUGAGAAUACGCGAAAAAACUUUAAGUCAAAUCUUGUACUGGUACUCGUUUCCAAAUCUAAACAUCUCUAAUGACGGAGGGAGACUGGCGGACUACUGCGUUUGUUAAUGAGGUGGAUUUAGUAACUUGAAAUGUGUUCAUACCUGGUUGAUGAGUACAUCAUGAGAGUCACAUGAUUACUGGUCUGAAAAUAGCUAUGCAGGGGAGCAAGGGUGGCGCAGUGGUGAGAGCGCUCGCCUUCCACCAAUGUGGCCCGGGUUCGAAUCCUGGCGUCGACGCCAUAUGUGGGUUGAGUUUGUUGUUGGUUCUCUCCCUUGCUCCCAGAGGUUUUUCUCCGGGUACUCCGGUUUUACCCUCUCCUUAAAACCAACACUUUCAAAUUCCAAUUCGAUCUGGAACGCACGGACACGUUUCAACGAGUUCUUAUGAACUCCUUAGUGAUCCGUGGGUAAACAAAUUACAAUUACAAAUUACAAAAUGCACAUAUUUGAUUCAGAAGAGCCUUCAAUAUGUCUUUAGAGAGAAAGACUACGAGAUUCUUUCAAUACUAAGUAGUGAACCAACGAUACAGUAUGAUAUUGGACGAUCCAGACUCUGCGAAUCGUAUUAACUUUGUCCCAGCUUUUAGUGAUGCUCCCCGUGAAACGUUUCUAAGGUGACCAACAACACAAUAUAAACUGCUAAGCGGCACCGAAACCAGCUUUAGGCAAACGUAAUAGCCUUCGUCAUUCUACUUCAAGUGACAAAAACAAGUUAUCAAAUGUUAGAAGUUUUAUCAUUUUGCUAUCGGGAGAGGGCUUAACCUCCUUCAAUAGAGACAACAGUGCUUACUGUUUUGGGGACAAAAGGUAAAAUGAAGCUCUCCGGGUUGUCUAUUUUUUGAGAAUAUGCGAAAAAACCUGCAAGUCAAAUCUUCGUAUUCGUCCUCGAAGCUAAAGGUCUCUACUUAAACAAGAAAGCGAAACAAUUUGUCCGAAAAUGACGUCACGAUCUUUCCCAGACUUGCCUUCCACUAAUAGGCUCCUGACCGCACUGGAAUUUUAGACAUGUGAAACGCGUGGAAGAAAAAUCGAUUUUGAAUUUGUUUUUCGCUGUUUUUAUCGGGACAUUGCGUAGAUUCUGCAGAGCAGAUGAAAAAUCCGUCCGUUAUAUACACUUAACGCCUUUCCUUCAAGCUACAGUUUGCAACCGAUAACUUGGAACACCUUCAAGGAACUAUCGGGGGGUACUAAGGAACAAAUAACGAACGAGAGUCUUCAUUGCUGUUUGAAUGAUAUGAAAUCACUUUCUUUUGGAAGAGCAACGCCAACAGAAAAUUUAUUCACCAUAUCGAUGAUACACUUGUUGCCCUAUCUCGAAAGAGUGCAGGUUACCGAGGGUAAAGUUAUUAAAUUAAAGAACUUGACAUGAACGGAUAUAGAAUAACUUCUAGUUAUAAGAGACGUUUCCGGUUAUUAAGGAUAAGGUUUACGUAUCGAGUGAUUCGAGGGGAAAUUAAUUUUAGUGCGAGUUAGCGCGGCUUUCUACUUACCAGUAGUCAAUUGCUUAUUUAUGAGCUAUUUAUUGCAUGUUGUUCAUUGGCCAUGAUGCGGAAGCGCUUGAGACCUUUUCGUUGUCAACUAUAAUUUUUUUUAUAAUAAGAUCUAGGUGGAAAGGUUAGGGUAGUGAAAAACGCAGGAUAGCUUCUAAAAAUCACCAUCUGUUGCUGUUGUCACUGCUGUCACUGUUCUCGCUGUUGUUAGUGCUGUCACUGUUGUCACUAUUGUCACUGUUGACGCUGUUGUCACUGCUGUCACUGUUGUCGCUGUUGUCACUGUUGUCGCUUAUGUCACUGUUGUCACUGUCGCAGUUGUCACUGUUUUCUGUGUUGCACUGUUGUUGCUGUUUUCACUGUUGUCACUGUUGUCGCUGUUAUCACUGUUGUUGCUGUUGUCAUUGUUGUUACUAUUGUCACUGUUUUCUGUGUUGUCACUGUUGUCACUCUUGUUUCUAUUGUUGCUGUUGUCACAGCUGUCACUGUUGUCGUUGUUGUCACUGUAGUCACUGUUCUCACUGUUGCCACUGUUGUCGCCAUUGUCACUGUUGUCAGUGUUGUCACUGUUGUCGCUGUUGUCACUGUUGUCGCUGUUGUCACUGUUGUCGCUGUUGUCACGGUUGUCGCUGUUGUCACUGUUGUCGCUGUUGUCACUGUUGUCACGGUUGUCACUGUUGUCGCUGUUGCACUGUUGUCACUGUCGCUGUUGUCGCUGUUGUCACUGUUGUCGCUGUUGUCACUCUUCUCACUGUUGUGACUGUUGUCGCUGUUGUCACGUUUGUCACUGUUGUCGCUGUUGUCACUGUUGUCACUGUCGUCACUGUCGCUGUUGUCACUGUUGUCACUGUUGUCGCUGUUGUCACUGUUUUCUGUAUUGCACUAUUGCCACUGGUUUUCGCUGUUGUCACUGUUGUCACUGUUGUUGCUGUUGUCACUGUUGUCACUGUUGUUACUGUUGCCACCGUUGUCGCUGUUGUCACUGUUGUCACAGUUGUCACUGUUGUCACUAUCGCUGUUGUCACUGUUGUCACUGUUGUCGCUGUUGUCACUGUUUUCUGUGUUGCACUAUUGUCACUGUUUUCGCUGUUGUCAUUGUGGUCGCUGUUGUCUCUGUUGUCGCUGUUGUCACUGCUGUCACUGCUGUCACUGUUAUCGGUGUUGUCACUGUUGUUGCUGUUGUCAUUGUUGUCGCUGUUAUCACUGUUGUCACUGUUGUCGCUGUUGUCGCUGUUGUCACUGUUAUCACUGUUGUCAUUGUUGUCAGUGUUGUCCCUGUUGUCACUGUUGUCACUGCUUUCACUGUUGUCACUGCUGUUACUGUUGUCGGUGUUGUCACUGUUGUCAGUGUUGUCACUGUUGUCACUGUUUUGGUUGUUGUCACUGUUGUCACUGUUGUCACUGUUAUGUACUGUUUUCACUGUUGUCACUGCUGUUACUGUUGUCGGUGUUGUCACUGUUGUCAGUGUUGUCACUGUUGUCACUGUUAUGGUUGUUGUCACUGUUGUCACUGUUGUCACUGUUAUGGUUGUUGUCACUGUUGUCGCUGUUGUCACUGUUGUCCCUGUUGUCGCUGUUGUCACUGCUGUCACUGUUGUCGCUGCUGUCACUGUUGUCGGUGUUGUCACUGUCGUGGUUGUUGUCACUGUUGUCGCUGUUUUCACUGCUGUCACUGUUGUCGCUGUUGUCACUGUUGUCACUGUUUUCUGUGUUGCACUGUUGUUACUGUUGUCGCUGUUGUCAGUGUUUUUACUGCUGUCGCUGUUGUCACUCUUGUCACUGUUGUCACUGUUGUCACUGUUGUCGCUGUUGUCACUGUUUUCUGUGUUGCACUGUUGUCACUGUUGUCGCUGUUGUCACGGUUUUCUGUGUUGCUCUGUUGUCACUGUUGUCAAUGUUUUCGCUGUUGUCGCUGUUGUGGCUGUUUUCACUGUUGUGGCUGUUGUCAUUGUUGUCACUGUUGUCACUGUUUUCGCUGUGGUCGCUGUUGUCACUGUUUUCUGUGUUGUCACUGUUGUCGCUUUUGUCGCUGUUGUGGCUGUUGUCACUGUUCUGGCUUUUGUCACUGUUGUCAUUGUUGCACUGUUGUCACUCUUGUCGCUGAGCUACGUAGUACACAUAUCGAACGUAGACCACAUCAUGCGUCAAGUGGUCGCUAACAAGAGGUUUUAAUACACGUGCACAAACUGCUCAUCAGUCCCUACCUAAAAAAUGGACGUUUCUAAACGCCAUCUAAACACGUUAACUUUCUUUUGGCACUGCCCUCCCAUAUGCCCGUGAUUAUCUCCGUUUUGUAGAUUUGCAUGGUUUCUUCUUACAACGAAGGCUGCCUUUGUUAAGUACAAACAUUAACCAGAAGGACUGCAAAGGACUGCAAACUAAUAUGCCGAGAACGUAGGAUCUAUAAAGACCUGAUCAGUAAAAAUAAUAAUGUAGACAUAUUAAAUUCUGCCUCUGUUAAGCCUUUUUGCUUUUUUCAUUGUUUAUCUUUGUUUUUUUCCUUUUGUAUAUUUGUAAUGAUAAUUUUUGCAAUAAUAAUCUUCUAAUUCUGUAAUUUUUGCAGUUUCCUUUGCUUUUUUCGUGAUCUUUUUUUUCCCUUUGUAUGUAAAUGUUUAAUAAAGUGCUGUUAAAUUUAAAAAAAGAAGAGGUUUUUACCUCUUGUAAAAAGAACAAUGGAAACUAAGAAAACCGACAGGCUUAGAAAAUAGUGGUCGCGAUCGCUCAUGAGAGGUCGUCGUUUUAUGAGAGCUUUUGAUUAUAGGGCUUUGGCUGGGAAAUCUUUGGUGUUAUGGAUAAGUGGUCGCUUACGGGAGGGAGUUGCAAAUACAGGCUCGACUGUAUGACAAAAUCGAUUUUAUAGGAACCCCAUUUCGAAGUAGACUUAGAAGGAAUCUAGAUGUUUCAAUAAUAUAUUUUCUUGUCAUUCUUUCAGAUUUAUCCGGAGAGGCAGUUUCUCUACAUCUGGACAGUGCCACCAAGGAUUUUAUUUUAACAUUCGAUCUCCUUCUUCGUGGUGAAGUGCGUGUUUCGGUUGUCAUAGAAACCGACAAUUCCGUUCUUUAUACGGUGCAUUAUUCCACGAAUAACGCGCUUAUUUCUGCGACGGAAUCGGAGGUAUUUUAUGGUCUAGGCCGUUGGAAAGGCUGGAAAAGAAUUGUGCGCAGUUUGGAUACCGAUCUAAGAAAAGGGCUGGCGCUCCGUGCGGCUGAUAAAAAGAAAACCAGGAAGAGUAAACUGUCAUUGACUGAAAUACAGAGUAUUGCACUGCAUGGCAGAGGAGCGAUAGACAAUAUCUCCUUGGCGCAUUCCGCUCAUGCGCACUUCUUCCUGGCGGCUGCCAAUUGGUUCUUACGUAAUCAAAACGAGAAGGGCAAUUGGCCAAUCACCGUCAAGCGCGUAGUGGAAAGCGUGACGCUUAAUCCCAACUGGUACUCUGCAAUGGCUCAAGGCCAUGGCAUGUCGCUUCUUACGAGAGCUUAUUUAUACACAAAAAACGAAAUCUAUUUAACCGCCGCGUUGCGAGCGACAUCUUUAUUUAAAAUCAAGGCCAAAGACAAAGGCCUGUUAGCUACAUUCAUGAAUCAAUACCCGUGGUAUGAAGAGUAUCCAACCUCGCCUUCACUCUUUGUACUCAACGGAUUCAUUUAUUCUCUACUUGGCCUUUAUGAUUUGAAGCUCACUGCGAGCCCUCACCAUGCCAGGGAAGCAGCGGAGUUGUUUAAUCAGGGCAUGCGCUCUUUGAAAGUAAUGCUGCCGCUUUACGACAGUGGCUCGGGCAGCUUCUAUGAUUUGCGUCACGUGACCAUGCAUCUCGAACCAAAUUUGGCGCGGUGGGAUUACCAUACGCUUCACGUGAGCCUGCUGUACUUUCUAGCUAGCAUUAACGGCUCAGAUCCCAUUUUCAAAUCCACAGCAGUCCGGUGGGAAAGUUAUGCCAAAGGAAAAAGGGCGAAACACAACUAG